AUAAUUACGCCUGGAGAAGAGUCAAAGAGAGGGCGUUAGACAACAUGCGUUGUUUUUACGAUUGAUUGAUCGUUGUUUGAUUUUAAAGCAGGUUUAAAUAUAGUCUAGAUUUUGGUCAGGCCGAGGCCUAGUUUUUGUACGGGAGCCUAGACCUAGGCCUAUAAGUUUUCUAAUCCUAGUCUACGGACGAAGGGCAUAUUUUUCUUGGCGUCUAGAGAUUAAACUGCCAAAAUGUCUUUAGCUGAUGAAUUAUUGGCAGACUUGGAGGAGAUGGCUGAGCACGGAGACGCCAUCGAAUUCAACGAUGACCAAGACAAUGAACUCGACACUAUUGAAGAUGUUGCAAUGGAUAUUGAUAAUAAAUUAGAUUCGGUUAAAAACAUCGCUAAAUUAAGAGAUGGAGAACAAUUGUGUAGCAUUAUGAGUAGAAUAAAAAGAUUUCAAGAAAAUCCAAGAAAAGGAGAAGUUGUGGGACCAGUAGAAGCUGAUCCUGAGUACUUGCUUAUAGUAGAAGCUAACAAUAUCAGCGUUGAAAUAGACAAUGAAAUAAACAGCUUUGGUGUUUCAGCUGCCUUUGAUCUAAAUGAGUCAAAAUCACAGAUUCUCUCCUAUGUAGAAUCACGGAUGUCGUUUAUUUCACCAAAUUUAUCAAUAAUAGUUGGUGCCUCAACUGCAGCAAAAAUUAUGGGUGCUGCAGGAGGUCUAACAAAUCUUUCCAAAAUGCCAUCAUGCAAUGUGCUGCUGCUUGGUGCUCAGAAACGUACACUAUCGGGCUUCUCAUCUGCUACACUCCUCCCACACACUGGCUUCAUCUAUUACAGUGACCUAUGUCAAGGCACUCCACCGGAUUUGAGGAAAAAAGCAGCAAGACUUAUUGCAGGCAAAUGUACCCUUGCUGCUCGAGUUGACAGCUUUCAUGAGAGUCCAAAUGGAGAAAUCGGCAGUAAAUUCAGGGAAGAAAUAGACGGAAAGUUUGAAAAAUUAACAGAGCCACCACCUGUCAAGAAAACAAAAGCAUUGCCAGCGCCAAUAGAUGGAGGAAGAAAGAAGAGAGGAGGAAGACGGUACCGUAAAAUGAAAGAACGUUUAGGUAUGACAGAGUUCCGCAAAGCUGCCAAUCGAAUGACAUUCGGGGAGAUUGAAGAUGAUGCCUAUCAAGAGGAUCUAGGUUUCUCACUAGGACAGGUGAAAAAAACAGGAACCGGGCGAAUUAGGGGACCACAGGUGGACAAUAAAACACAAGUCAAGAUAUCAAAAAGUUUACAGCGGCAGUUACAAAAGCAGCAAAUGCAUGGAGGGAGGUCAACUGUCAAAGGUCGAGAAACCUCCGGUACAGCAUCCAGUGUGGCUUUUACACCAUUACAAGGUCUUGAGAUUUUUAAUCCAAAUGCAGCUGAGAAGAAAGUAGCGGAAGCGAAUGCAAGAUACUUCUCAGCAACAACUGGUUUCCAAAAAGUGAAGAACGAAGCAACUUGAAGAAAACU